AUGGCCCGGGGGCAUCAAAAGGAACUAGCUCGUCAACGUAAUGACAAAAAUGGAAAUUCAAAUAAGCCUACCACUCAAAAAGGCACUGCGGCUGCUAGCUUAACAUAUCAAUGUUCCGUUUGUAAAGCUCAAAUGGGAGAUCCCAAAACGUAUAAGCUACAUUUUGAAAAUAAACAUCCGAAAAACGAAUUACCAGCUGAGUUAAAAGAUGUUUGA